UAAUAUCUCCCAUCCACAAUUUUAAAAUUAAAUCGUUACAGGACAAUACAUAUUUACAUAUGCAUCCCAAACAAAGGUUGGAUCUUUGUUGUUUCUAUGAAGAAACUAGGGCUCCUAUUUUGAAUCUUCGAUCCGAGAGAUUAGUUAGCUAUAAAUUAUGAGUAGCAGAAGGGCUAAAACAGCUGUAACAUCAGGUUCAAUGAGGAAAAGGAUGAUAACGCCCAUCUCUAAAUGCACAAAAAAACACAAGAGUAACAACUACAUGAAAGAUUGGAUCAGUCGGCUGCCUGAUGAAAUUCUUGUUUCUAUUUUGUCUCUUCUGGGAAUUAGAGAAGCCGCACGCACUUGUGUACUCUCUAAAAGAUGGGAACAUGUGUGGUCAUAUAAGAGGGUUCUAAAUUUUGAUGCUUUACAAACAAUUUUGCAUCUUAAAUCGAAUCGAAAUGAACUGGAAGUAGGAAGAUCUAGGUACAUAAAUUGGGUGAACAAAGUCGUGGAGUCGCAUCAUGGUUCAACCAUAGAUGAGUUUAGAGUUUCCUUUUGUUUGAAUAACUCUUCUAGUUGUGACAUUGAUAGAUGGAUUGAGUUUGCAAUAACAAAGAGAGUUCAAAGGCUUGAGGUGGACUUCGAACCAUGGUGCUUUCAUCGAGAUGGUGUAGCAUAUGCUUUUACAAACCGGAUUUAUAUUCACAUCAAAACUCCUGCGGGUUUCUCCAGCAUUAGGUCUCUAAGAUCCCUCUGUUUUAAGUUUGUGAACAUAAGUGGAGAAAUUCUUGAAUGCUUCGUUUCCAAUUGUCCUCUUCUUGAAUCUUUACAUGUAGAAAGCUCGAGAGAUUUAGUGAAUUUAAAAGUUGUUGGCUCCUCACUUCGGCUGAAGGUUUUGGAGAUAUCCUUCUGCCGCCAUCUGAUGGAUCUUGAGGUUUGUGCUCCGAGUCUUGUUUCAUUUAAAUAUUUUGGACAGGGCAGCAUAAUAAAUAUGCAAAUUAAGGAUGCAUUCCAGCUUGCUGAGGUGUCUACUUCAGAUUUCUCUAGGCAAAUAGACUAUGCUUUUUUCCCGUUUUCAAGCUACUUUUCGCAGCUCGAGAAUCUUUCGUUGGGCAUGCAGAUGACUCAGGGUAAUCGAGGAUUCAAACAACUUCCUGAAUUUACCAAGCUCAAACACUUGACAUUGCAUGUUGACGCAGACGAAUCUUCAAGCUUUAUCGGUUGGACGAACUUGAUAAAUGCAUCACCUUUGCUGCACAAAUUUAAAUUGCAGUUACAAUAUUCGAGGCAUUGGGGGAAGGAAAAAAUAAAAAUGCAUGAAAGUAAAAGGCGUAAAGUUGGCAACUGCCCCCAUGGAUGCCUAAAGGAGGUGGAAUUGGCUGGGUUUGUUGGCCGGCUUCUUGACCUUGAGCUUGCCAAAUACUUGAUUAAGAAUGCCAUCAAAUUGGAGAAGAUUACCAUUGAUCGUCACUGGGAAUAUUCUUCGAGUGCUCGAGCACCGCGGGUGUUCAAGGAAACCAAGAAGAAACUUUAUGCAAAAGAGCUUGCCAUGCAGCUCCAAGAAAGUUUACCUGCAAGAGUCAAAAUGGAAAUUAUUUAAUCCUCCUCAACUGCAUUUGGCUGCUUAAUGUUUAGUUUUUUUCGUACUUGUAAGAUAAUUUAAUUAUUUUCUUUGCUAUUUGUUCGUCGUACUUCUAGGAGAGUUUCAUGAAUGUGUCUGUAACUGUUAUUAAUACAUCUAGUCUAUCUUUUUUCUA